GGUUAUAUUUGCCCGAGUUUUAGGUUAUGAAAUGUGUCAAAAAAAUGGAGAUGUCAAAAUAAGGGAUGUUUUUUUAAUUACUCGUUAAUUUUACAAUUUGAUGUAAUUUCCACCAGGAAUUGGAUGUAAAUGACAAACGUUAUGACCGGAAUAACAAAGGCACAAAAACGCAAGAACGGUGAAAAGAAAAAUAACGAUGUGAAAGAAACACCAACACCUUACCGUUAUGGCCCCAUGCCAAAGUUCCCAAAUCAGCGCAUUUGGAGCCGAGGUAUUGUCAUAUUAGGAGUUCUCUUAUACGUUUGGUACACGUCAAAGGAUGGCAAAGAAGUGUCGUUGGCGAAGCAAAAGGAUAUUUUACCCAUGAGGGGGCAAACGGUGGACUGUGACACCAAAUAUUUGGAUGAAAUUAAACAAUUCCCCACUUGUGUUCCAAUUAAAUGCGGGAGGUUUGUCUCCGAUAAACUUGUCACAAUUAACGAAGCAGAAACUCUGCUAAAUGUGGCCAAGAAAGGAAUCAGUCUAGGGGGCUCCUCUGGAGGCGCUUCAAUCUUGGACAUCCACUCAGGUGCCCUUUCGUUUGGGGAGAAAUUUGUAAAUAUUUACACCCUGAAAGGGUCAGAAAAGUUCAUCACAGCGUCGGAUUUAGCAAUUUAUAAAAUUGUCAAAAAUAAGAUCAAACAUGCAAUUGCUGAAAAUUUCGGUAUAGACAGUGAAAGUCUGUACUUGACGCAUCCAACUUUUUUUUCGAAAUUGUCCAACUUGGAGUCAAAGACGCCCCACGAUGAGUAUUGGCACAUUCAUGUGGACAAGGAAACUUAUGAGUCAUUUCAUUACACAUCGUUGUUGUAUCUCACGGAUUUUUCUAACGAUUUUAAAGGAGGACGUUUCGUGUUUGUAGACGAUGCCGAGAAACCGAUGAAAAAUGUUACAGUAGAGCCCAGGAAAGGAAGAGUCUUGAUGUUCACCUCAGGUGCUGAGAAUCCCCAUUUUGUCGAACGAGUGACUUCUGGUGUUAGGUACGCAAUUACCGUUUCGUUCACUUGUGACAAAACAAAGUCAAUCAGUGAUCCAGCAGCACAUUAGCUAGUCAGUAAGUAAUUAGAGUACUUAAACAUUCCUCAGUAUAAGUAAUGGUUCGAAUAAUCGAGGCCGCACUGUAGUUACUGUAGAUAACUGUUAUUUGCCCUGUAUUUAUUCUAAAAUACAGUAUUGUUUAAAGUAUUGUGAAAGUGGGUAUUAAAACGUAGCUUUCGAUUGAA